AUGUUAUUUUUUGGUUGUUUGAACGUCCUGUCCGCCGGCAGCCUACUGCUGGCGUCGCUUGCCAGGGCGGAUAGUGGCUCUGUUGUGUUUCCGAUCAAGUACAAGACAAUUGCAGGUUUCAAACGUUACAGUAGCAAUGGAAAGGAAAGAUCCUUCACGCUGAACCAGGCGAACCCACUAGUGACACUCGACUACGGCACCGAAGUUGGAGGUUUCCCUACCUUCACUGUUGAAUCUCUCUCGACCACUGUUCAAUUGCAGGCCAAAUACAGAGAGCCUCGAGCAGGUCUCGAUGCGCCGUUUGGUGACGGACCCUGGACAUUCGCAAAUGGUCUCUCAAACACCUUCCGCGUCGAAACCUUCAAUGUGACAUCCACCGGAACGGUUUCCUCGUUCUUUAUCCAAGGUGGUCUCCGAUGGCAAAAUCUACAACUAUUGACAGAUGGCACCGUCAAGAUCUGCCGACUUGGUAUUCGAUCGGGCAACGAUCGCACCCCCGUCGACGCUCUUCCGGGCUACUUUGAGUCCUCCAACAAACUGUACAACGAGAUCUGGGCUCUUGGGCCCCGGACCGUUCAGCAAGCAUGCAUUGCGGCGAAUGGCGCUCCGUCAACCUGGGAAGUUACGGAAGAUGGUGUGUAUCUGCGUGGACAGCAACCAGCGCAGUCAGUGGUGGGAUCACCGUUCAACAAUUACACGAUGACGUUCCAGUCCAAGAUUGUCCGUGGUGGUACGGGAUGGAAGGUCGCUUCGGGGGUGAUGGGCUUCGGACCGUACUUUGUGCUUACCGGCGAGUAUCCCACUGGAUCGACCUUUGUCAAUACCAACACCACUCUUGUUCCGGCGAAUACCCUAGCGGUUGGUUACGGAUGGAACUUGCUCAAUCAGACCUCACUCACCAGUGGCAAGGUCAACUACUACCCUCUGCCGUUUGAUGUCAAGGAGGGUCAGUGGUAUGAGAUCUCGACUCGUAUCAACGCCACCGGCUACGGCGUCACAGUUAAUGAGACCGAGAUCUUCGUGCCGUUAGAUGAACUGCAGAUUGCCACUUCAUUCAUUGGGUCUUCGGGUAGUCUGACGGGAGGAACCUGGGGCUUUGGACCAUAUCAGGACCAGAUAGCCCUGGUCAAAGAUGUCACAGUUCACGCGCAGAAUAGCUCUUUGCUUUACCAUAAUCCAAUGACAUCCGCUUCAGUGCUGAAGGAAUACGGCGUCAUGGCCAACACUCAUUCGAUCUGUCUUGACGGCGCCAAACGCGACCGCCUCGUCUGGUCGGGCGAUUUCGCACAUACAUACCGCGUCGUCCAAGCCAGCACAUAUCGCUCGGACUUUGUCGCUGGGACUUUGGAGUACCUGAUCGAUCGGCAGGCAUCCUCCUCCAUCUAUGACGGGUACUUCAGCAUGUCCCCUGCUAUGGGCCAGUCUGCGGACUACACCGAUGUCUACAAUUCCUUUGGUCUCAUCGACUAUCAGAUCUUAUUUUUGCACGCGUUCGCUGGGUAUUACCAGAACUCUGGCGAUCAGGCAUUUCUCCAGAAACACUGGGCAAAAAUCAAGAAGGGGGUGGAGGUCACAGUGUCUUUGAUUGACAACCAGUCCGGAUUGGCUGUCUCUCCUUUCUUUGGAACGUUCUUCACCGGAUCGAGCAACGGCACUGCCGUCUCCGGCCUCCUUUCUCACACUCUGCGUCAAAUGGCGAAUCUCGCCACUGCCAUGGAGGAGACGGAUCUGGCAAUCAGCUGGACCUCCCACGCAGAUUCGAUCAAGGCUGCAAUCACCAAGCACCUCGCCUGGGCCAUCCUCUCCGGCGCCGCAAACACAACCCAAACCGAAUCCACCAUCGCAGCGCUCUCCUCCCUCCGCCUCGGAAUCGGCUACAAGAGCUCCACCUCCAUCACCUCCUCCCCAUCCGCCAAUCUCUCCCCCUUCCUAUCAGGCUUCCUCCUCGAAGCCCUCCUACAAGCAAGCCGCAACAGCGCAACCGCAAGCAACGCCCGCAAAACAGCCAUCAGCGUCCUCCUCGACCACCUCUGGGCAGCGAUGGUCACGCAGGACGAGUACUACACCGGGACGACCUGGGAAUACCUCUACCCGGACGGCCGCCCCGGUCUCGACCUCUACACCUCCCACGCGCACCCCUGGGCCGCGGCGCCGACGUAUGUCCUGACGGAGUACGUCCUCGGUGUCCAGGCUGUCUCUGCGGGUUUCGCGCGGUGGGCUUUCCGGCCCGCUGUGCUGGAUGUGGCUGUCUCGUGGGCGCGCGGGCGGGUUCCCACUCCGCAUGGCCUGAUCCAGGCGAGCUGGAGGGUGGCUGGUGAGGGGAUGCGUAUGGAGAUCAAGGUUUGUGGGCCGAAGGGGACGACUGGUGUGGUCGGUUUGCCUUUUGCUGUGCAGUCUUGUAUGGUUAAUGGGAAGAAGCAGGCGCCGGGGGCCGGUGGCUUGGAGGUUGCAGUUACUGGGGGGGGAUGUGCUGAGAUCCGGUGCACCCGGAAGUAG